UUUUUGUAAAAAAACAACAACUGUCACUGCAAAAAAAAAAAAGUGACCAAUUCAUUAUCAUGCCGAGAGCGCAAAGGGCACUCAUUGGCAGAAGAACUGCAAAUGCAACUCGAAUGUAUAACAGAAGACAACAAAAUAACACACCAGAACGUUCUCAAACACUUGCACAGGAGCAACGAAACGCUUUGAGUAUGAAAUCAGCGUUUAAUUAUCAAUUCGAGAUUGAUUAAUUUAAAUAUUAAAGCGCUUCAAAUUGGACGAAUGACUAUAUUAUGUCCUAAGUACCAUGCAAAAAAAUGGAAAGAUGAAACUCAUUGACUUUGCUGCGCUGACAGUAAAGUUGUUUUACACCAAUUUGAGGAUCUUCCAGACCUAAUUAAAAGUUUAAUUGAUAAUUCUCACCCUCAAUCAAAACAUUUCUUUGAUAAUUCUAGACGGUAUAAUACUCUGUUUCAAAUGACAUCGUUUGGAGCAAACGAAAUAGCUGAAGGGAACUUCAUGCACUUUUUUAAAACUCAGGGUCAUCAUUCAAGUGCAUCAUUUAAUAGGUAGUUUAUUACCCGAAAUUGGAAAUAAUGCUAAAUUUUUACAAAUAUAUUUUAUGUCAGAGUCGGAUCAAAUAUCUAUUCGAACAAAUAUGAUUCCAAAUUUAAAAAGAGGUCUCAUUGAAUCAUUGCAAACAGUUUUGCGUGAAAAUAAUCACCUCAUACAGAGCUUCAGAUCUAAUCUGGAGUCGAGGUCAUUUGAUGAGUUGCAAAACUUUAAGUUAAUUAUUCAUGCUGCCAGAGUUCCUCAAGAUAAACACAGAGGUCAAUAUAAUGCAUCUAGCAUCGAUGAAGUAGCUGUAUUAUUAGUUAAUGAAGAUAAAGGUCCCAGAGAUAUAGUUCUGCACGGUCGGAGUGGACACUUGAAUCGAGUUUCCGAAUUGAAUAGAUCUUAUGAUGCACUACAAUAUCCAUUGAUGUAUACUAGAGGCGAAGACGGUUUAUGGUUAGAGAAACAAGUCUAAAUCAUCUACAUUAUUACAAAAAAUUAUUCAGCCAAUUCGCCGUAGAUAUGAUGGCAAAAAUGAUUUCUGAAAGACUACACUUUAUUCGUAACCAUCAAAAACAACUACGUGCGGAUGAUUAUGUUAACCUCCGAGAUGCUGUUUACAAUGAUGCAAAUAUUAAUGCUAAUAACGUGGGGCAACAAGUAAUUCUUCCCUCCUCUUUUACUGGCUCCCAACGUUACAUGCAUGAAAAAAAUUAGAAUGACUUAUGUUCAUAAAUUUGGCCGUCCAAAUUUAUUUAUUACUAAAAUCAUGGUCCGAAGGCAAAAUAAACAACCAAUCACG